AUGCACUGCAGCGGUGCCCCGGGCGCAUGCAGGCGCAGCGGCUGCGUUACUGUUGCUGCUGCUGCUGCUGCUGCCCGGUUGCUGCAGCAGCAGCCGCUGCAGCAGCUGGCUCAGCUGCAGCUGCAGCAGCAGCGGCAUGCAGCACAGAUACCGCGUAAGAGGAUCAGUGCUGCUGUCGGGGCUCUACAGCUCGGGACUGCAUGUAGACAAGUUGGUGUUGCCUCACCAGCUGCUGCUGCUGCUGCUGCUGCUGCUGCUGCUGCUGCACGUGGGGGCCCCCGUGGGGUCCUUCAGGCCCAUAGCAGCGGCCUUUUUCGCGGAGCUUCAGCAGCAGCUCGUGGCUUCGCGAGCGCAGCAGCAGUGCCGCUUGCUGUUGCUGCAGCUGGACAAGCAGCAGGUGCAGCAGCAGCAGCAAGACACACAGGAGCCCUUGCUGCUUCGGGAAACGCAGCAGCAGAGGAGCUGCUGCGCGUGACCACAGGGGCUGAGCGGCAGCAGCUGAAGCAGUCGUCAGAAGCCGACGCAGCAGCAGCAGCAGCAGCAACAGGAAGUGCAGCAGCAGCAGGAACAGCAGCAGCAGCAGCAGCAGCAGAUGCAGACAGCGAGCAGCAGAAUGCGGGGCCCCACAGCAAACCCCCACACAAAGGCUUUUCUUUGGGGGCCCUUCUUUGGGGCGCGGGGGCCCUCAGUGGGGCCCUUUGGGUGGCAGCUUACAUGAAGCAGCACAGCUUGAAGUUCUUGAAGGAAAUGUGGCAAGCGGCGGACGCCCAAAUGACCAAAACGGCUCAGCAGGUUCAAAACGCCGUAGAAGAUGUGGUGUGCGGAGCCUUUCCCGAAGACCCCGAGCCGCUGCUGCCAGAUUUAAAAGAACUUAAUUAUCCCGAAAACCUCCCGACCCUCGUCUUGGACUUCGACGGAGUGCUCGCGAAGAUCGGGCACGAUGACCUGAGCAGGCUGGGCCGGCGCCUGGACCGGCUUGUUUAUGUGUCUUGUACUGAAGAAGGCCUUGAGGAGAAGUUUCUUCCGAAUUUCAUCAAAGUGACGCCUUUCGAGGGCACGGCCGCAGAGGCGGAGGAGGACUGCGAGCUGCUGUCGCUGAUUAACUUCUUGAAACACUGUUCGCUGAGUCCCGACGACGUGCGCAGCAGCAUCAGCAGGUACGGGGGGGGGGCCCUUCCGGGGGUCGGCAGCAGAUUCAAUGAGGCCAAACGCCUGCAGGAGACCAAGGCCACGCAGCGCAGAAGCAUAGGCCGCUUCCUGGGCUUAGCGCAGACCCAGGGGGCCCCCAACUUCCUCGGCGCGGGGCCCCCGGGAGCGACGCCGGCGGGCCUGGGGGGGCCCCUAGGGGGCCCCAAGUGA